AUGACAACUUUUACAGCGAUACACAAGCUUUUAGACGAAGCAGAGAAAGAGAAAAACGAAGAAAUCGAGCAACUUAAGAAGAAAAUAGCUGAACUUGAAAAAUCAAAGCAAGAAGUUGAACAAAAAUUGAUAAAAUGUGAACAGGAUAAGUCAAAGAUAGAAAGUAAGCUUGAAAAGACUAAAAACAAAUAUAUCCUUAAGAAACCAUAUAAUUUCCAGCCGGAUAUUAUAGCAGCUGCAAGAUCUGGCGACAUUGAUUCAAUAAAAUAUAUUUUGUAUGAAAAACCAGCUGAAAUAUGUCAUCAAGAAAGUGAAAACAUGGACUCUGCACUUCAUGAAGCUGUUUGGCAUUCUAAAAUGGAAGUAAUUGAAUUCUUAUUGCAAAAAGGUUGUUAUAUUAACAUCAGAAACAGAAUUUAA